UCUAGUGUCAGUUAUCAGUUCGACCGCUGAGUAGUUUUCCGCCACAACUUCCAGAAGUUCACUAUAUCUGCUAUAUAUAUAUAGUCGAGAAUCAUAAAUUUGACUUGAUAAUUUACAUUGAAAUGACCUUGCCAGCCCAAAAUGACGACUUUGAUGUAAAGAAUGGCAUAAUCGAUGGCCCAACACCACCGAAAUCUGAACUCAAGGCACUCUAUAAGCAGAGUUUUGCCUAUUACACGUUUCGUGUUCGUUUGCCCUCAAGUUUGGCCACAAUUGCUGCAGCCUUAGUCAAGGAUAAGGACGAAUUAAUAACCGAAUAUGGUGCAGACGCAGGCGCAGACAUUGAGCAAACGGCAGCAGCUGUUACAGAAUUGCGCCAAAAUAUACUAAACAAUGGCCCACUAUUGCCUUUUAGGGGAAAGGAGACCGAUACGGACGUAUGGAAUACAUUCCUGGAAACCAUAGAUAAAGAAAAACGCAAUUAUUUCUCGACCUGCUGGCUCUAUGCUGAAUGUUAUAUGUAUCGCAAAAUCUCGGACAUCUUUCAGUCCACCAAAUCCUUGGCUUCCUAUGAUUACUUUGGCAAUCAGAAAAAAACUGCCGCCAAAUUGAGUCUUGAUGCUAUGCUGGCUGUAGCCAGGGCCACGAGGAAUACGGCAAGAGAUGGUGACACCUUCCGUCAGCUAAUUAAAUUGAAUUUAUGGGGUAAUCGAUGUGAUCUAUCCAUCACCUCGGGCAAGCAGAUAAAGCCUACAGGCAAUGCCUUUGAACAGAUCACUGGCCUGGAACCCAAGUUGCUUAUUGAUAAUACAUUGCAAAUAUGGCAAGCCAUUGAUGGUGGCUCUAAAGAUGGCAUUGUGGAUAUUGUUUGUGAUAAUGCUGGCUAUGAAUUGUACACAGAUUUAAUAUUAGCCGAAUAUAUUAUAGAUAAGGGUUUGGCAUCAAAGGUGAGAUUCAAUUUAAAGGCCAUUCCGUGGUUUAUAUCGGAUGUGAUGGCACAUGAUUACCAUUGGACAUUGCAAUUUAUGGCCGAUCAUGAGGACGAAGUGCUCAGUGAGCUGGGCAAGAAGCUACAACGCUUCACAGAGGAGGGAAAAUUCGAAUUAUCACCAUUGGAACACUUUUGGACGAGUCCCUAUGAGUUCUAUCGCAUGCAAGAAGUAAAACCUGAACUCUAUAAACGUUUGCAAGAGGCCCAAUUGAUUAUAUUUAAAGGUGAUUUGAAUUAUCGGAAACUGUUGGGUGAUUACUCUUGGCCAGACACGGAAGCAUUUGAGACUUGUCUGCGAGGUUUUCGUCCCUCAAAUCUCUGCACAUUGCGCACAGUAAAAGCGGAUCUAAUCUGUGGCCUUCCUGAGGGCGUUUCCCAGGAACUUUUUGCCAAGGAUAAGGAAUGGAUGUUGACUGGAGAAUAUGGCAUCAUCUCAUUUGCCAAAACAGCGUGAGAUUUCGGUCAUUCACAAUAAAUAAUUAGUGGCAAUUAAAAUUCAAUUUAUGUUUAACAAUAAA